AUGGCUUGGGCUCUGAAGUUGCCGCUCACUGAUGAGGUGAUUGAAUCAGGUCUGGUCCAGGACUUCGAUGCCAGUCUCUCUGGCAUUGGACAGGAGCUUGGAGCUGGGGCAUACAGUAUGAGGUAUGAAUCAUCAUUGGAAGUCUAUUGAAAUGCAUUGAUAUGUUAGAAUUGAAAUAAAUAUUACCAAAGAUUUUUAUAACUAACCCAAGAUAGACCAGAGCCUGUCGUUUCCAAUGGGAGCAAAUUAAUCAUAGUGGACAGAACAAGCAAGGAGGUAGGCAGAGCCAAGCACAAGCUAGUGAGAGACUAUUGGCGCGUUGUAGCAUUUGUUUGCGUAUUUCCAUUAGGGAACGCUACUGUGUGAAGUGCGCGUGUGCAAUAACUAAAUUCGCCCUCGCACUCCUAAACAACGCAGUUUUUAAAAACUUUGGCAAAGGGUGAAGUCUACAAAACACAGUCCAGUCUGUUUGUUACAUAUUCUAGUUUUGCAAACAGAAAACUGUAUGGAGAUCAAAUGAUUAAUCGAUGAGAAAAUGUGCAGAAUGUCUGCCAAAAUCACUCUCGCUCCAUCUUCUCCCACUGCCAGCCACUGGCCUUCCUCUCAUCACCAUAUUUGGUAGUGAGUGGAAACGCCAACCGGAUGCUUCACAUUUAUACAUCUGGUGAAAUAUCUGGCUCAUUGUUCUAUCAACCGGAUGCUUCACAUUUAUACAUCUGGUGAAAUAUCUGGCUCAUUGUUCUAUCUGUGAUAUGACUUUGGCUUUGUCAGUGGGAGAAAAAAACCCGGUAUUAUUUGUCUUGAGGAGUAGCCUAUUCUAGAAUACAGUGAGGGAAAAAAGUAUUUGGAUCCCCUGCUGAUUUUGUACGUUUGCCCACUGACAAAGACAUAAAUAAUAAAUAAUAUGCCAUUUAGCAGACGCUUUUAUCCAAAGCGACUUACAGUUAUGCGUGCAUAAAUUUUUUGUGUAUGGGUGGUCCCGGGGAUCGAACCCUCUACCUUGACAUUACAUGGGCCGUGCUCUACCAGCUGAGCUACAGAAGACCACCAAAUGAUCAGUCUAUACUUUUUAUGGUAGGUUUAUUUGAACAGUGAGAGACAGAAGAACAACAACAAAAAUCCAGAAAAACGCAUGUCAAAAAUGUUAUAAAUUGAUUUGCAUUUUAAUGAGGGAAAUACGAUUUUUGACCCCCUCUCAAUCAGAAAGAUUUCUGGCUCCCAGGUGUCUUUUAUACAGGUAACGAGCUGAGAUUAGGAGCACACUCUUAAAGGGAGUGCUCCUAAUCUCAGCUUGUUACCUGUAUAAAAGACACCUGUCCACAGAAGCAAUCAAUCAAUCAGAUUCCAAACUCUCCACCAUGGCCAAGACCAAAGAGCUCUCCAAGGAUGUCAGGGACAAUAUUGUAGACCUACACAAGGCUGGAAUGGGCUACAAGACCAUUGCCAAGCAGCUUGGUGAGAAGGUGACAACAGUUGGUGCGAUUAUUCUCAAAUGGAAGAAACACAAAAGAUCUGUCAAUCUCCCUCGGCCUGGGGCUCCAUGCAAGAUCUCCCCUCGUGGAGUUGCAAUGAUCAUGAGAACGGUGAGGAAUCAGCCCAGAACUACACGGGAGGAUCUUGUCAAUGAUCUCAAGGCAGCUGGGACCAUAGUCACCAAGAAAACAAUUGGUAACACACUACGCUGUGAAGGACUGAAAUCCUGCAGCGCCCGCAAGGUCCCCCUGCUCAAGAAAGCACAUUUACAGGCCCGUCUGAAGUUUGCCAAUGAACAUCUGAAUGAUUCAGAGGAGAACUGGGUAAAAGUGUUGUGGUCAGAUGAGACCAAAAUCGAGCUCUUUGGCAUCAACUUAACUCGCCGUGUUUGGAGGAGGAGGAAUGCUGCCUAUGACCCCAAGAACACCAUCCCCACCAUCAAACAUGUAGGUGGAAACAUUAUGCUUUGGGGGUGUUUUUCUGCUAAGGGGACAGGACAACUUCACCACAUCAAAGGGAUGAUGGACAGCGCCAUUUACUGUCAAAUCUUGGGUGAGAACCUCCUUCCCUCAGCCAGGGCAUUGAAAAUGGGUCGUGGAUGGGUAUUCCAGCAUGACAAUGAUUCAAAACACACCGCCAAGGCAACAAAGGAGUGGCUGAAGAAGAAGCACAUUAAGGUCCUGGAGUGGCCUAGCCAGUCUCCAGACCUUAAUCCCAUAGAAAUUCUGUGGAGGGAGCUGAAGGUUUGAGUUGCCAAACGUCAGCCUCGAAACCUUAAUAACUUGGAGAAGAUCUGCAAAGAGGAGUGGGACAAAAUCCCUCCUGAGAUGUGUGCAAACCUGGUGGCCAACUACAAGAAACGUCUGACCUCUGUGAUUGCCAACAAGGGUUUUGCCACCAAGUACUAAGUCAUUUUUUUUGCAGAGGGGUCAAAUACUUAUUUCCCUUAUUAAAAUGCAAAUCAAUUCAUAACAUUUUUGACAUGCGUUUUUCUGGAUUUUUUUGUUGUUAUUCUGUCUCACUGUUCAAAUAAACCUACCAUGAAAAUUAUAGACUGAUCAUGUCUUUGUCAGUGGGCAAACGUACAAAAUAAGCAGGGGAUCAAAUACUUUUCCCCCUCACUGUAGGCCCUAUCAUCUGUAUCAGUUAGCCUAUAAAGAGAUGGUGGCUGUCGCUCUCUAGCUGUUUUUCCUAGUGUGUUUUCAGUGAAGCGAGAGCGUCAGCCAAAGAACCUAUUAAUAUUGAAGCUGUAACGUUGGUUAAGGAAUGCAUCCCUCAGGUGGAAACAGCCUACUAUUUACUUUAUGUGUAUUCCAUUCUGGAAUAGAAUGCAUUUAGAAUGUAUCAUAUUCUCAAUGUUGCUCAAUUGUCUCUCCCAUACUACAGUUUAUCAUUUGCCUACUUUCUGUGUUAGUGGACAGUGCAGCUUCUGAAAAUAUUUCUUGGUGGUGGUGUGUAUGUCCAAAGGUGUUUUGUGUGUUUUCGUGAACACAUCACACACACAUUUAGUUUUUUUGCUACUAAUUCACAUGAGUUAGGCUGCAUUCAUCAUGCAUAGGCCUAACCUUCCGUCAGUUCUCUCUUGAGGGUUGUUCUUAUGCCAGAAAAGAGUAGGCCUUAUUCUCAGUCAAACUUGGGAAUUUGCAGAGUCAGGAACAGUUUUUGUGUAAGGGAUACAGCUCUCUCUUUCAGACUGCUCUUUUGUUAGUUUUGUAAGUGUUCUGUUACAUGAUACUAAAGUGCCUGCAAAGUGCCUUAUUGUCAGUGACAUUCUAAUGUUGCGCAGGAGGAUGAGAUACCCAGGCUGGAUACCGAGGUAGUUGAUUGUUCUGCACAAGUUUUUACCAUCAUAACUAAUUAACUGUAAAGAAAGAGAAUGUUGUAAAUCACUUCUCCUUUUUCCAGUGGCUCCUAGUGAUAUAUUUAUUUACGCCUACAUUUAUUGGAUGGGUAACAGAAUUUACAAAGGAGUUUAUUUUAAGAAAUUCGCCUCCUCCCUCAGUCUCAUACUGGGGAGAUCCAAGGCCUGUUGAGUUGUUGUUUCAGACAGAUGUUGAUACUAUGCCAAUAUCAUGUGCUUGUAAAAGACGUUGGCUUGCCAGUUCAUUGACCAUGUUGUCUUGUGGCUUUUUCUCCAGUGAUGUGCUGGCCCUCCCCAUCUUUAAGCAGGAGGAGUCCAACCUGCCGCCUGACAGUGAGAACAAGAUUCUUCCUUUCCAGUAUGUUCUGUGUGCAGCUACCUCGCCUGCCAUCAAACUGCACGAUGAAACACUUACCUACCUCAACCAAGGUUAGCAUCUGUCUGUGUUCCAUUUUCAUGAUUGUGAUUUUCUUGUGAAUUUGUUGCUAAUUUAAAGAAAUUGUCAGAAAAUGAUGUGGUAUGUUUAUGAACUAAAGCUUAGUUCUUUUGAUUUCAGGACAGUCUUAUGAAAUUCGAAUGCUUGACAAUCGGAAAAUGGGUGAACUCCCAGAAAUCACUGGCAAAAUGGUGAAGGUAAGAUGAACAAGAACACAAUGAGUCAUGACCAAAGGCAUGAGAGUGAGUAUUUGUUUGUCUGGGCCUGUUCCUAUGCCAUAAUUUCCCAUGUAUUCUACCAAUAGUGCAGGUACUUCCUGGUUCCUCAGUGAUGUUUCUGUGUGUCCUCAGAGCAUCAUCCGAGUGGUCUUCCAUGACCGGCGUCUUCAGUACACAGAGCACCAGCAGCUGGAGGGCUGGCGCUGGAACAGGCCUGGAGACCGCAUCCUCGACCUGGGUAAGCUCUCUGCCUCUGUCUUGGAAGGGUAUUGGACCACUCUGGGUGAAGAAGGACUGAAGGGGGCUGCUUUUAAGACUCUGGCACUGAAAUUGCUUUAAAUAACACAGAGCUAUAUCUUCACUGAAUGAAAUUAUGGUUGACAACAGGCUGCAUAACGUGUAGUUAGUUUGCUCACACAAUCCUUCUGAUAACUUGUCUCGCGUUGCUCCAUUGCAGAUAUCCCUAUGUCAGUUGGCAUGGUCGACCCCAGGGCUAACCCUACUCAGCUUAACACGGUGGAGUUCCUGUGGGACCCGUCAAAAAGAACCUCGGUUUUUAUCCAGGUAGCAUGAUAAACACAACCUCAUGGUUGUUUUCAUAAUGCUGGUUGUAGCUUAUCAUCUAAUAUCAGGCCAAGGCUGUCUUAAUGGAAACAAAUGGUUUUCAAGACAAAUAGAGCUCUCUCUCUGUUUUUUAUUGAAUAAAACAACAUCCACCAGUUUUCAAAUAGUCAUGACAAUUCCUUGUUUUAGGUUCACUGCAUCAGCACAGAGUUCACCAUGCGGAAGCACGGGGGAGAGAAGGGCGUGCCUUUUCGCAUCCAGAUUGACACUUUCAAAGAGAACGAUGGUGAAGAGUAUACAGAGCACCAGCAUUCUGCCAGCUGUCAGGUCAAAGUCUUCAAGGUGAGAAGAAAGUCUGAGCAAAAACAAUGAAAAUGGGUUAACUUUUGUCAUUGAAAGGUACGUUAGAUGUUAGCUUCAUUUGAUCCUCGUCAUUGUACUAUCCAUAAUAAACAUAACGACUUUACCUCACCUGUGGCAGCCUAAAGGUGCAGACAGGAAGCAGAAGACAGACAGAGAGAAGAUGGAGAAGAGGGCGCCUCAGGAGAAGGAGAAAUACCAGCCAUCCUAUGAAACCACCAUCCUAACAGAGGUUAGAGUUAGUGUGUUGAGUGAAUGGGAAAAGGGAUGGAGGAAACUGUUGGAUAUGGAGAGGAAGGUGUGUGGCAGUAGUCAGUAUGUCUAAGUGAUGAAGAAACAUGAACAAAAUGAUGCAUAGUAUUUGUAUAAAUAAUUUCAUCAUAAUGUAUAGAAAUGAUGUACAACACAGGAUUUAUUUCUGAAAUCAAGAACUAACAUCUGGAGAGAGCUGGAUUAUGUAAAGAGCCUAGUUCCCUCCCUACUAAAAUAACAGAAAUGUUCUCUUGCAGUGCUCUCCCUGGCCAGAGGUCACCUAUGUCAAUAACUCCCCAUCGCCUGGCUUCAACAGCUCACACAACAGUUUUCCAGUGGCAGAGGGGUAGGGAUCAGGACAUAAACAUGCAGCCUGUUCUGAACCACACUGCUUCCAUUACAAAUUGUUAAUUUUGGUGUAUAUGUCUAUUUAUGAAAUAUUAUGGGGAUGCAAUGCCUAAUACAACAGUUUUUUUGUUCUAUUUGGGAAUUUCUGUCUGUUUUCCAUCUACUCCCAAAAGUACAUUUUAAAGUACCUUUUCUCUGUCCUUCCCAGAAAUGGAUCCCCCGGUCACCAGCCAGAGCCAGUUGUUCAGGUGGCAGAUGUAAGUACUUGUGUCCCUUCCCCUUGUGUGUCCUAAACCUACCCAUGGCUCAUCAUCUCCUGUUCCAUCCCUUCUCACUAACCCCCACAUCUACAUGUUUAAUGUCCAGCUUCUUUCACAUAACUGAAGUUGACACAUUGUGGUCAUGCUUUGAGUUCAUGUUUUGCAUUUGCUGUUGGCAGCAGCACUAGUGAAAUACUGUAAAAAAAGUGUCUGUAGUGGGAGAUUCAACUAAACUGAAAAAAUUAGGCUGAGAAUUACUUUGCAGUCAUUACACAUUGUUUUAUUUUCAAAGCAACACACACUUUAACAUGACAUCAUCAUUAGGUUUUCGCAUGAGAGAGCUGUCCAUUUGUGUACCCGUUUUCCAUUGAUCACAUUUGCAUGUAGUCAAACAUAUUUAACAAAAUAAUGAAUAUACAGUACCAGUCAAAAGUUUGGACACACCUAAUCAUUCAAGGGUUUUUCUUUAUUUUUACUAUUUUCUAAAUUGUAGAAUAAUAGUGAAGACAUCAAAACUAUGAAAUAACACAUGGAAUCAUGUAGUAACCAAAAAAGUGUUAAACAAAUCAAAAUAUAUUUUAUAUUUGAGUUUCUUCAAAGUAGCCACCCUUUGCCUUGAUGACAGCUUUGCACACACUUGGUAUUCUCAACUAGCUUCUCCUGGAAGGAGUUUCCACAUAUGCUGAGCACUUGUUGGCUGCUUUUCCUUCACUUGUGGAGGCCAGGUCAUCUGAUGCAGCACUCCAUCACUCUUCUUCUUGGUCAAAUAGCCCUUACGCAGCCUGGAGGUGUGUUUGGUCAUUGUCCUGUUGAAAAACAAAUGAUAGUCCCACUAAGCGCAAACCAGAUGGGAUGGAGUAUCGCUGCAGAAUGCUGUGGUAGCCAUGCUGGUUAAAUGUGCCUUGAAUUCUAAAUAAAUCACUGACAGUGUCACCAGCAAAGCACGCCCACACCAUCACACCACCUCCUCCAUGCUUCACGGUGGGAACCACACAUGCGGAGAUCAUCCGUUCACCUACUCUGCGUCUCACAAAGACACUGCGGUUGGAACCAAAAAUCUCAAAUUUGGACUGAUCAGACCAAAGGACAGAUUUCCACCGGUCUAAUGUCCAUUGCUCGUGUUUCUUGCCCCAAGCAAGUCUCUUCUUAUUAUUGGUGUCCUUUAGUAGUGGUUUCUUUGCAGCAAUUCGACCAUGAAGGCCUGAUUCACACAGUCGCCUCUGAACAGUUGAUGUUGAGAUGUGUCUGUUACUUGAACUCUGUGAAGCAUUUACUUGGGCUGCAAUGUCUGAGGCUGGUAACUCUAAUGAACUUAUCCUCUGCAGCAGAGGUAACUCUGGGUCUUACUUUCCUGUGGCGGUCCUCAUGAGAGCCAGUUUCGUCAUAGCGCUUGAUGGUUUUUGCGACUGCACUUGAAGAAACGUUCAAAGUUCUUGACAUUUUCCGUAUUGACCUUCAUGUCUUAAAGUAAUGAUGGACUGUCGUUUCUCUUUGCUUAUUUGAGCUGUUCUUGCCAUAAUAUGGACUUGGUAUUUUAUCAAAUAGGGCUAUCUUCUGUAUACCACCCCUACCUUGUUACAACACAACUGAUUGGCUCAAACGCAUGAAGAAGGAAAGAAAUUCCACAAAUUAACUUUUAACAAGGCACACUUGUUAAUUGAAAUGCAUUCCAGGUGACUACCUCAUGAAGCUGGUUGAGAGAAUGCCAAGAGUGUGCAAAGCUGUCAUCAAGGCAACGUGUGGCUACUUUGAAGAAUCUCAAAUAUAAAAUAUAUUUGGAUUUGUUUAACACUUUUUUGGUUACUACACGAUUCCAUAUGUGUUAUUUCAUAGUUUUGAUGUCUUCGCUAUUAUUCUACAAUGUAUAAAAUAGUAAAAAAUUAAGAAAAACCCUGGAAUGAGUAGGUGUGUCCAAACUUUUGACUGGUACUGUAUAUGGCAAUACUGUUUUGUACUUUUCUGAAUUGGUUAUCUUUCUGAAAUUCUUUGGGAAAAGUAAUGGGGAUGCAUGGAAAAGUCGCGUCAGAUUUGGGUUAGAAUACCAGACUACUUUAUAAGAACCUGCAGAAUGAGAAAUGUCAUAAAAAAAGUUGGAUAGGUCCAUUUGCUUUGACUAGUGCAAGCGUUGUGAUUUCACAUUCAUAUGUACCUAGAUCCCAGUUAUUAAUACAUAGGUAAAACAUGCCCUUUGUUUUUCGGUCCAUCAAAGUAACCAUUUAACUGAUGCAGUAGACUAUCGUCCUCCAUAAAUAAUCUGUUGUAUGACGCACAUCCCAAAUGAUUAAUAUGGUUAAUAGAUGGAAACAGACAUCCAUGUCCCUGCACCUAUAAGUUCCGUUUUAUAAAGGGUGUGUACACCUUUUCUCCCUUCUUUCUCCCGCAUUGUUAUCCAAUAUAGAUUGAAAGCUGUCUGACUGAUACGAUUGUAAGUUUCCAACAUUUUCUAAAUGUCUGACUCUGAUUAAAGAUGCAGACUUUAUGGUUUAGACAGACUCAAACAGAAUGUGGGAGUGUGCAAUAUUCACUGAUGUAUAAUAUAUCAUCUUUAAAUUAUUGAUUGCACUUAUUAACCCUAUUACUUGCUGUCUGAUAAUGCUGAUAAGUAUGUAUCCAGUUGUUUUGGGUAGUUUGUAAUCAUUUUUAGGCAGCAACAUCUACCUUAACACUCCCUAAGGCCCUCUUGAAUUUUUGACAUCACAAAUAAGUGGUGUCUGUGUCAAAGAAGACUGUAAUACUAGCCUGAGUGCCAAUCUGUUUGUGCCUUCAUGCAAACGCUUUGUCACUCAUUGGCAAUUGAGUUGGCAAGAGCACAAACAAUUCUGGGACCAGGCUACCUUAAUACUCCAAACACUUGUACCAGCAUUUAUAACAUCACCUCUACAUGAUGUACGUAAUAGUCAUGUAAACUAGUUUUGAAAUAAAUGCAGCGCAGAGUGUUUAUAGCAAUAGGAUGUAUUUUGACAAUAGCCUCACUGUUUGCACUGUCAAUAUCACCCCCUGUGUUUUACCCCCAUUUUAGACAGGAAUACAUAAGCAAGGUUUUUGGGGGCUUGGGGAGGUUUUGAUAUAUGAUGAUAAAAUAUAAUUUAAAAAUUGAGAGACAUUCUGCCUUACAGUUGUCGUCCCAUCUACUUACAAGAGACAGUGAAAGUGUCCAUCAGGUAUAUAUUAAUUUAUUUGAUGAUUUUGUAGUUUGAAUGUUGAAUUGUUUUGCCUUUUUUAAAGCAAAGGUUGGAUAUAUAUUGCACACACUUCUUCUCUGACCAGGCGCCGAACAUAUCUGUUUGCGUGUAUGUGUAGAACAAUUGAACAAGAAGACAAACUAUUUUUAUUUGAUUCAUUCUUUGUGUGUUUCUGUGCAGAAGUGGAUAACUGCUACAGUGGUAUUCUAUCUACUCGGACAUUGUACUGGAUCUUUAUUCCUUCUUUCAGCAUGUUGUGGGAUGGGUUAGCUCAGAGAAAUGGCUCAUACCUGGCUGUAUAUAUCUGACCUUACAGUGGAAUUGAUUGUAUGCUUUUAAAACCAAUCCAAGGUUUAACAACAUCAUUUGAUGGCUUUUGCGGUGCCUGUCUGUCUCUCUUUUGGAACAAACAGAAUCUGUUACCCGCGGCAACACCACAGGAUGCUCAGCUGUGGCUCCAUAGAAACCGCUUUUCACCAUUCUGUCGGCUCUUCACUAAUUUCUCUGGUAAGAAGGUCAAUAUAUCAUUUCUUGCAGUGAAUUUAUAUUCUCAACUUUGUUGUCAUGUUGUGGAAGUCAGUCUAAAAUAAUAUCUAUAUUCUUUACGAGUAUUAGGCUGAUUAUUCUAUGUUCCAGGGGCGGAUCUGUUGAAGCUGACCAGGGAAGAUGUUAUUCAGAUCUGUGGGCCAGCAGAUGGUAUUAGGCUGUUCAACGCACUGAAAGGACGGUUGGUGUACUUCCUUACCACUCUACUUCUAUAUUGCAGCAUUCAUACUGCAAAAUGGAAAUGCCUAUUGAAUUUGAUCAAUUAUUGAGUGUGAGAAGUUUCUCGUGUCAUCUUAUUUCUGUGUGUGCGCGUAGAGUGGUACGUCCCAGGCUGACGGUGUAUGUAUGCCAGGAGUCCCAGCAGGCUCGGGAACAGCAGCAGAAACAGAACGGAGACACAGCUAGCAGCACUUUUUUCGGUAUGCUUGUGUGUGUGUUAUCUAUAUACAAAGCAUUCAUAACACAUGCUUACUUACUUAUGGCGGCGCAAUUCGCCAAAUGAUGGCAUAAUGAUAUCUCUGAUGUUAUGGCAUAAUACACUGUUAGCUACAUACGGUGUUAUGAAAAUGAUUGACAAUAUAUCCCUGUACACGUCUUGUCUUCUUUUGCAGUGUACCAUGCCAUCUACCUGGAGGACUUGACAGCAGUUGAGCUGACCGAGAAGAUCGCUCAGCUAUUCAACAUCUCACCCAGACAGAUCAGUCAGAUCUUUAAACAGGGACCCACUGGUAUACAUGUCCUGGUCAGUGAUGAGGUAAGGCUGUCUUUAGUCUACAUUUGUGCGUCCGAAAAGGCACCCUAUUCCUAUGUUGUGCACUAGUUUUGCUCAGAGUCUCAAAAGUGGUGCUCUACUGAAUAGGGUCGGAUUUUAGACACAGCCUUUGUUCCUGGAUCAGUCUGCCUUAAGGCUGAGUCCUAAUGUGUACACUGUUCCUGGCCUCUAAGAUGGAAUCUCUUGUUUCUCACAGAUGAUUCAAAACUUCCAGGAUGAAGUAUGUUUUGUUUUGGACACAAUGAAAGGUAUGAGAGCGUCAUUCAAGCAUUUUCUUUUACCACAAAUAUUGGGGAGUAUGUCUUUGGUGUCACCCUUCAUGACUUGGGCUCUGUUUCUUUACCAACAGCCGAGACGAAUGACGGCUACCACAUCAUCCUAAAAUGAAGACUGUCUGGGGGAUUGCCUAACCCCUACUCUGUCCUUUAGACCCAACCCUGAAAGCCCCUCUACAGCCUCGGCUCCUGAUGUUCCUGGACUGUGCUGAAGAUGACCUGUUCCAUUCUCUAGAGGCCUCUGCUAUGGGGAAUGUUUGA